AUGUUGAAAGUGACUCAAGUAGGCAAAAUUAUUGACUAUCCAUGCGAAAAGCCAAAGAUUGAUGAACUGGAGGGAAAAUUACUAGUUGAAUCAUCUGAAAACCCAGUGACUCAAGUAGACAAGAUUAUUGACGAUUCAUGCGAAAAACCAAUGAAUGGUGAACUGGAGGGAGAACUAACAGCUGAAUUAUCUAACAAAACAGAAGACAGUAAUUUUCCUUUACACGAAGUGACAAAGAUUGAUGAACUGGAGGGAAAAUUACUAGUUGAAUCAUUUGAUAACCCAGUGACUCCAGUAGACAAAAAGAUUGAAUCUUCAUACAGCGUUAACACGGAUAUAAAAAAGACAGUGGAUCCAUUUAUUCAGACAGAAGACAGUAUUACCACUUUAAACAAAGAGCUGAUGAAUGUUAAAACGGAAGAAGAACUGUCAGAUGAAUCAUCUAACAAAACAGAUAUUGGAAAUAAGAGCUUAUUCGGAAAUAUAGGUAGCCCCAAUAAUUCUGUGACAGACAAAGAGAGUUGGAAAUAUAGUAGCUCAUGUGAUGUUAGCCAAAGUAAUGACAAAGCAGAGUUAAAUGAAGUCUCAGUAGACAUUCAGAAGGAAUUUAAUUUCAAUAUCGAAAGAUACAAAACCAUGAAUGGCGAAUGGAACUGUACUGUACUGUCAGAAGAAAUAUAUCCAAAAGAUGAACUUAUCACUGAAGAGGACUGUUUCAAAAGAGCUCAAAAAAAAAAUGAAGACAAAGAAAAAGAAAAUGAGGACAUUGAAAAGGAAAAGAACAAAGCCGAGGAAUUAACAAAAGAAUCCAAAAAAACCUACGAGGAGCUUCAGAAUCUUAUAAACCAAGCAGACAACAAUUUAUUUAUUCCUGAAAAUGAAAAAGAGAUACUCACUGCUUACAGCGAGAUGAAAAAAGAUAUCGAGGAAUGCCUUGGCGGACAAACUGAAGAUAUAGGAAAUAUGAUUACAAUAAUUUUUAGCGAACUUAUUUGCUGCGACUUUACUGGACUAGAUACUAUAGGAGAGUUAUUUGAAUCUUCUGGACACAAGAACUGGACACUUCAAGCAAGGAAACAGGCGGUUUGUUUUAUGAUUGAACCACAAUUUGAUAAUGUCAAAACUGCAAAAACCGCUGAAAGUGUUGAGGAUAAUUCUCUCAAAAAAUUUAAUAAGAUUAUUGGCGCAUUUCAAAAGAAGUACAAUCGUCCAUUUCUAGUAAAAAACGAAGAUAAAUUACAUGACGCUAUCAAGAAAGCAGAUUUACUGUCCAAAUACGCUGUAGCUGGGGAGCACUAUUCUCUAAAAGAAUGGACUUAUGAAGGGUUAGAAGGUUUACAGCCAAAAAGUACAGAGUCCACACAAGUGAACGAAAGUAUAAAUAAUGCGCCAACAGACAAGACUAUCAAAGUUGAAGCUAUUUCCCCAGUCAAAGUGUCUCCAGGGAAAAAUCAAAAUGAGCAUCAAGGUGAGCAUCAAGGUGAGAAUCCGAAUGAGAGCCAAAGUGAGACUCAAGGUGAGGCUCAAAAAUACCCUUCUAAACAAUUAAACGAAGACAAAGUAGUCAUCGAAGUAGUCAUCGAAGCCAGCAGAAAAAAUCCAGUUGCAAAACAUCUCCCCGGCCCCCCUCCUCCUCCUCAUUCUUCAGCGACUCAUGGGGGACAAAAGCGUGCUACUGAUAACCAAUUAAUGCCAGUAGACAACAGAGGUGGAAAGGAGGACAAAAGUAAAAAAAAAGAAAAAUCAAACAGUGUUAAUCAUAAGCUAGAAAAUUAUUCUGACAAUGCGUCAAAUCAGUUACAAAAGUCACUUAGUCAAGAAACCUCCAGUUCCGGAAGGCAAAAAACCACUGGUAGAGAAAAGGGCCAAGAAAAGCAAAAAGGUUUACUCGGCACUUUUAAAUCAUUCUUCUUUGGAAACGUUAGCCAAUAAAAUGUUUUAAGUUUUUCCAGAACUUUUUUUCUUCAUAG